CUGCUGCCGCCCCGGCAGACCCUGCGGCCCGUCACCGUCCGCAACCCCACCCGCUCCGGGCGACUCAAGGAGUACUUCGUCUUUCGGCCAGGAACAAUAGAACAGGCUGUCAAUGAGAUACGAGCGGUUGUGAUGCCCGCCGAAGACGGAGAAGUACAAAGUGUGUGGCUGCUGACUGAAAUUGACCACUGGAACAACGAGAAGGAGCGCUUGGUCCUGAUUACGGAUUGGUCCUUAUUGAUCUGUAAAUACGAUUUCAUCAGCCUGCAGUGCCAGCAGGUGACCAGAAUAUCGCUGAAUGCUGUCGACACCAUUUCAGUGGGGGAAUUUGAGUUUCCUCCGAAAUCUUUGAACAAGCGAGAGGGCAUAGGAAUCAGAAUCCAGUGGGAUAAGCAGAGCCGUGCCUCCUUCAUCAACCGAUGGAACCCAUGGUCCACAAACGUGCCGUUCGCUACCUUCACGGAACAUCCCAUGGCUGGGGCCGAUGAGAAGAUUGCGUCUCUCUGCCAACUGGAGAACUUCAAAACUCAGCUGAUCCAAGCGGUGAAGAAGGCGCACAAAGAGUGCCCUCUGCCGGGAAGGGCCAACGGAGUCCUACUCCUGGAACGACCUCUCCUGAUAGAGACCUACGUGGGGCUGAUGUCCUUCAUCAACAACGAGGCCAAGCUGGGAUACUCGAUGACGAGAGGCAAAAUCGGGUUUUGAAAUGAGCCGCCAGAACCACGGCCGGCUCCCACCAAAGAACGGAGCCCUUUGCUAACAAAUCCCUCAAGGGAAGAGACGUCAGGAGGAGAAAGAGGAAAGCCUGCAGAAAACCUUUUGUCUCCUCUGGUCCCAAGAGAGGACUUCCAUGGGUUAGCACUGCCUUAUCAGUGGUAUCCCCAUCCUAUAAUAUUCUUGGUCAAGCUCUCUCCUCCUCUAAAGUGUUUUACCCAACAAAGCCAGUAUGUUCUGGAGCAUGCCUAUGGUUGUUACCCACCCCUGUAAACAUACUGCUGGUUGCUAACUUCGCGUCUGUACUGUUGAGUUCCUGUUAUGUCAGGAUAAAUGCUUCCUUUCUCCCUUUCUCUCGCGGUGAUUUAAGGGAAAGCUUGUCUCUUUCUGCAGCCUGUGAACUAUGUAACCAAAUGUGACUGUUUUGAUUGAAUCCAGAGUUAUUUCCCGCAAACUCAAGACAGUACACUUGGGUGGAAAUGAAGCGGAAUGAUUACAUUUGCUUUUUAGGAACCCUAUAAAGUUUAGAUGCAUCUAAGGAAGGCUCCGUGUUGAGGAACAAAAAAAAAAUUCUCACUGUGAACACACAUGCAACAGUGUCUUGCUUUCAUAUGAAUUUUUGCCACACAGGAUCAAGUUUUUGUAUCGAAAAAGGGAACUUUUGGUUAGCUUUAUACAUUUGGUUCUUUUUUUAAAAAAAAAAAUCUGAAUCAGGCUAAUAGCACCAAAGCAUCUACAUAAUCCAAAUGGGAAGAAGAGGUACUAUAAUUAGUUAUCACUUAAUUAAGAAUUACAUAAACACCCUCUCUUUUUCUCAGGCAUAUGUGGGAAAAUGGGACUCGUGGCUCUUUUAUGGCUGGAAUCCAAAGGGCUGCCUGUGAUUUAUAUAUGAGGAUAUUUCAGAAGCUCUGUCUGUCCGCUACUCAAGACAGUAAAGGGUUUUUUCCAGGGUAAAAGGGAGUUUUCUGCCAUUCCAUCAGUAGAGCGGCUAAGGUCUUAAGGAGAAGAAAAAAACCUUAUUACCCUAUCUACCCCAGUGUGCAUGCAUAGAUGUCUCCUCUUGACCAGUUCGGCCUUUCUACAGAUUCUUCUCGGGCUGUUAGCAAAUACAAAUAAUAAAAUAUUUCCUGAUGUCACUGUUUGGAAGCUGUUUUCUCUCUCCCUCUCUGAAAAUGUGUGUCAAAUGGUACGGUGCUGUAAUGCAACACUGAUAGCAUGUACUUCUAUUGGAUGGAUAUUAAGCUUAAUAAACUUGGUCAGUGUGAAUCUUCAA